AUGGCGGACAAAGUGGAAAGAGUGGAGAUAAAAAGCGAAACUCACUUCGAGGAACUCGUGAAAGCAGCAGAAGACCCGCGGCUGUUCGUCGUGGACUUGUACUGCUGCUGGUGCGGCCCCUGCAACGCCGUGCUGCCUGCGCUGCGGGACUUGCUGCUGCGCGUGGAGGCCUUCCCCGAGCGCUGCUGCUUCGCAGCAGCAGCAGCAGCAGCACUGCCGCAACUUGCUGCUGCUCUCGGGGCCUCAGCAACUCCCAAGUUUCUCUUCUUCAGAGACGGAGUCCUCCAAGCCCAAGUCCUCGGCGCCAACGCCCCCCAACUCCAACAAAAAAUCCUGGAACUCCUUCCGCCUCUCCAGCAAACCCCCACCGCCAACUUCGCCUGA